UAAGGCUUGAGUAUAAAAGUGAUAUGUUCGAUUUCUACCAUCUCUAGUGUGUAACUAUCGUAACUAUCGCAAAAAUGUUCCACUCAAUAGCCCUAGUGUGUGCAAUCCUGGUUUCAGUUCAAGGAGACGUUUCAUUUGUUUCCGACGACAACGUACUUCUACCAGAAGUAAUUCCUCGGCCUCGCUUCAUCUCAGACUACAAAUCCAUAGCGGCCGGAAAGAGGAUAGUGGGCGGAUUCGAAAUCGAUAUCGGAGAUGCGCCACACCAGAUCUCAUUACAGUACCUUGGAAGACACAUCUGUGGAGGAUCGAUCAUUUCCAACCAGUGGGUUCUAACUGCAGCGCAUUGUACCUUCGGUGCGUCGGCGUCCAGUAUACGAGUACGAGUUGGUUCUUCAAUGCAUGCAUCCGGUGGUAAAGUCAUAGCUGUCGGUCGCAUUGUUCAGCAUCCGCAGUUCAACUACAGUAUAAUCGACUACGAUUACUCCUUGCUGCAACUUCGAAAAGCAAUUGUCUUGGGGGAUAACUCACAAGCAAUUGAACUUCCAAAGCAAGAUGAAGCUAUCGAGGAUGGUAGCCUUUGUGUGGUCUCCGGUUGGGGUAACACUCAGAGUGCUACCGAGUCGAGAGCUAAUCUACGGGCUGCAUACGUGCCAUCCGUGAACCAGCAGGAAUGUGAUCAAUCAUACACGAACUUUGGCGGUGUAACGGAUCGUAUGAUUUGUGCUGGAUUUCGUGAAGGUGGCAAGGACUCUUGCCAGGGCGACUCAGGUGGUCCUUUAGUAGCCAACGGAAAACUUGUAGGGGUAGUCUCAUGGGGUCUUGGCUGUGCACAACCGAAUUAUCCCGGCGUAUAUGCACGAGUGGCCGCAGCACGUGACUGGAUCCGAAGUAACAGCGGAGUUUGAACUAAUUUAAUUACACGUUCUAUAUCAAAGCACACGACCAAAUGAGCCGAUCACGGAACACGCUUUUAUCGAUUAAAGU